GAUUAAGCACGAAUAGAGAUCAAGCCGCCAGCAGAUAACACAAAAAUUCUAGACAAAUGGGGGUCGGCAACAAGACCGAGCAGAGAUUGCUGCUGUCUUACUGCUCUUUCACCUGCAUCUACCUUCCUGUGAUCCUGACGCUGGUGAAGUUCAACGAUAAUCUGUACAACGUCGGCAAGUACAAGUUCCUACCCGUGCUGAUGAUACUUACGUUCGCUGAGGUGAUAAAGCUACUGUUUCCUAUGCUGCAAGCGGAGGCGCCUACCAUAAUCAAGAUAGAGCAGCGGGCCUCGCUGAAGACCAAGAAAUCCUGGGCGAAGAGUCUGAGGGAGGUCUUCAAGUUCUUGCUCACCGCUCUCGUUCUGUCGAUAGUCUACUACGUGAUGAUCGUAUUGUUCGGCGCACCCGUGCUGACAGACCGCGAGGAGACGACGAUGCUCGUCGUCACGCUGAUCACCCUGACCUUCGUGUCCACCAGCUUGCACCUGGGAGUGGACAAUGCGUUGGACGUCCUCACGGGGACUUAUUCCCAGAAGGGCAAUAUCCUCGCGGAUGCUUUAAAGCUCAAUAUACAGGCAACAAUAUUAGGCACUUGGCUAGGAGCAACUGUUAUCCCCCUGGAUUGGGAUCGCCCUUGGCAAGCUUGGCCGAUUCCUUGCGUCAUAGGUGCGCUGCUUGGCUACUUGAUCGCCCACUUCAUCACUCUCAUUAAGACGCUUCCCGCGCCGAAGCUGCACAGGAAAGUCCAUCGAUAGUGUGGACAUUUGUGUGAAAAAGAAGACAUUCCAUUCCAGUUUCUCGAUUAUCCAUUUUAUUGAAUAAACAGUAUGCGGAUGGUCUCAUCUUGCAUUUUAUACUAUGUAUAUUAGGCCAUAUGGAAAUAGUUGAGUAUUAACACAGAACUGCCCAUCUUUUUUGAUUCAUGUAAAUUAAUUUAUUACAUUAUUAUCUGUGAUGUAUACAUAUAUGUACGUAUAAGUUGAGGUAGUAAGAAUCAUGUUAAAAUCAUGUUUUUAUAUGUAAAUUAAAGAGUAUAUAAUAUCUUAAUUUAUAAUCUUUAUAAGCUCUAAUUGUGGGCAAUAUAUUUUCCCAUCCAUCUAUGC